AUCAAGUCCAAAGGAAAAACUUGUACACCAGCCAUCUACAUCUGCCAACUCUGUUCAUCCACUUCUUCUCUCUCGGAGCUCGAGAACUUCAGAAGAGAGGACUUAAGGUACCCAAAUAAUGUUAAAUCCCUAUAGUCAGCAUAUUUCUCCUGAUUCUGUAUAAAUACCCCGCCCUUACCCGCCUAGCAAGUAGUCAGAUAUAGUCAUUCAUAGUAGAUAGUUCGAUGCCAAAGUUAGUUUAGUUGUUGUAAUGUAUAUAUAUUUUGUUCAUUGUAUACCUUUUGGCAAAUAAACUUUUUUUUAUGUCGGAGUGAGUAUCGAAGAUUUAAUUGUCGACAUUAAGGACGUAGCGAGGUUGGCUGAAGAUAUAGUCCUCAACACCCUGGGAAUCAUUCAUCACCACGUGUAUGGGUAAAUAUGACUGGAAAAUCCUACACGAAGAUGGUACCUCCUGAUGGCGGAUGGGGAUGGCUUGUUGUUUUAGGAUCGAGUAUAAUGAACGUUUCAACAAUUUCCAUUGGACCAUCAUUUGGAUUGCUUUUCGGAGAUCUCCUCAAACAGCUUGGUGUCGAGACAACCGGCGCAUCUUUGGUAGUGUCAACAAUGGAUGGAAUUACCAACUUUUCAGGUCUUAUUGUCGGACCUCUAGCAAAGAAGUAUUCCUACAGGAAAGUAGCUAUCUUAGGAGCGGCGUUAUGUACCACAGCCUUUCUAUCGACUGCCCCAGCAAACAGUAUGCUGCACAUCAUGAUUACGUAUGCAUUAAUUGGAGGUAUUGGAUUCGGCCUUGCUAAUUCAUCUACCAUGAUAGUUAUGAAUGAAUACUUCACAAAAAAGAAAGGACAGGCGAUCGCUCUUUCAAUGACUGGCACUGUUGUAGGGUAUAUGUUGAUGCCUCAAAUUGUCAGAUUCUUGCUGGAUGAAUAUGAUUUUCGUUCCGCUCUUCUCAUAAUUGGGGCACUAUCUCUUCAUGCUGUGGUAGGAGCUUGCUUAUUUCAACCAGUUUCCUGGCACAAGAAAGCAUUACCGGAAGCAGAAGAAGCCCACACUUUGUUACCAGCUGAUAAAAAAGAUAAUCCAGCCUCAACAGAUACCGCAAGUCUAUGA